CUUGUCCAGAUUAUUAUCAAUACAACACACUUGGAGAAAUCCUGUAAGUACUUGGAAGAAUUUAUCACCAAUAUCACUAAUGUCCUUCCAGAGACAGUCCACACUACCAAGCUGUACGGCACCACGACUUUUAAGGAUGCCAGACAUGCAGCUGAAGAAGAGAUUUAUACCAACUUAAAUCAGAAGAUUGACCAGUUCCUACAGCUGGCUGACUAUGACUGGAUGACAGGAGAUUUGGGCAGCAAAGCCAGUGAUUAUCUAGUGGAUCUCAUUGCCUUUCUACGUAGCACCUUUGCUGUAUUCACACACCUUCCUGGAAAGGUCGCCCAGACAGCAUGUAUGUCAGCUUGCAAGCAUUUAGCCACAUCUCUGAUGCAGCUUUUGCUGGAAGCUGAAGUAAGGCAGCUCACCUUGGGAGCAUUACAGCAGUUCAACUUGGAUGUCAGAGAAUGUGAACGUAAGACAGUAAACCAUCUCUUUAUUUGUUUUACCUGCCUACUUACUUCAGCAGGAAAAAAGUUUUAGGUCUGUGGGGUUGUGGUCUUAAUGGAGUCAAAGAAUAUCUAAGUGACAAAAAUAAUUUGUAGGUCUAAAAGUAAGAGUCUGUCAGCAAGCUAAUUUGAACACCCCAAAGUGCCUAGGCCCACAUAUAGAAAAAAGACCCCUGGCCACAUGGAAGUCUAAAGGGGAAUACAAGGCAGACAUGCAUUUCAUACACAUCAAAGGAAACCUGAUUAGUUCAUAGACUUCAAAAGAAUGCAGUUCUCAACCAUUUGCUUUUUAUCUUAUAAUUUAAAAUUAUUUUUUCAUCUUAUGUGCAAGCUCUUCUUAGUCUAAAGAGCAAGUGGUGUAUGCAUUUAUCAGUCAGAAAUGCUUUCUAUGACAGGUAGAAAGAGAAAACCUUAGACAGAGUAGUUAAAUAGGUUUUAAUUUUCUCAGAGGCAGUGGGUUGCUGUACAAAUUUAGUUGCUCAGUGAUGUCAUCAAGGACCCAGGCUCUUUUGUUCCCUCUUCUCUGUCAUACUUAGGAAUAUAGAAUUUUUCUCCUCAUAUAUAUUAUAGUCAGAAAGGAGUCACAUUCAAUGGACGAAAAAGGUGCCAAGAUCACCUAGUCUUUUUUAUUUAAAAAAUUAAAAUCUUUUCAGUAAACCCCUAAACAGACUUUCCUGUAUGUCUCGUUGAUCAAAAUAUAAUUGUAUAAUAUUGAAGAAGUGAAUGAGUCUUAUUUUCAUGUGUAAUUAGUAAAUUUAUCACAGUCCAGAUUCUAAUCUAGUUUCAUAAAUAAAUAAAUUAUUCAUUAAAUGCAAAAAAUAUAUAUAGUUGUAUGGUCACCUCCAGCUCUCAGGGAGGCUGGGGGACUGAGUAUCUGGCAGAGUGAAAGAGGAGCAUCAUUUCUGACAUAGUUCAUUUAUCAUGAAUCAUCUACUUGGAAUUAAACAUGAAAUCAGGCUUUGGUUAGCAAAGAAGGAAGGGAUGAAAAGUGCUGCAGUGUUCACUGUGCCAUCGGUGAGAAAUGAAAAUGAAGUAAAAUGAUAUGACUUCUGGAAACUUCUGUUUCUAGAAAAAUUAAAAUAGUGAAAAAUUACAUAAGUAUACUAAUACUUCUGCCUCACCUUUUUAUUUUUCUACUGCUUAGUGGU